UGCAGCCGAUUUCUCCUUCUUGUUUCUUAUCUUUAACCUUCAUUUUUGGCUCCGUUGGGCUAUGAAUUAGUGGCCAAAAAUCAGUCGAGCAUAAAUAGUAAACGAUGGCGCCGAAUGCAGCUGUACCAGUGGAGCGAUAUGAGUCCCAAAACAUCGGAAUCAACGCCAUUCUUCUGGGGCCGCCGGGUUCCGGCAAGGGAACGCAGGCUCCGCUGCUAAAGGAGAAGUUCUGCGUCUGCCAUUUAUCAACUGGCGACAUGCUGCGGGCGGAGAUUUCAUCUGGUUCCAAGCUGGGAGCUGAACUAAAGAAGGUCAUGGAUGCCGGCAAGCUGGUCUCUGAUGAUCUGGUGGUGGACAUGAUCGACUCCAACCUGGAUAAGCCGGAGUGCAAGAACGGUUUCCUCCUGGACGGAUUCCCCAGGACUGUCGUUCAAGCUGAGAAGCUCGACACACUGCUGGACAAGAGGAAAGCAAAUUUGGAUGCUGUCAUUGAGUUUGCCAUCGACGACAGUCUGUUGGUAAGGCGAAUCACUGGCCGUUUGAUUCACCAGGCCAGUGGGCGAUCCUAUCACGAUGAGUUCGCCCCUCCCAAAAAGCCCAUGACCGAUGAUGUAACCGGAGAACCUCUAAUCCGACGCAGCGAUGACAACGCUGAGGCUUUAAAGAAGCGACUAGAAUCAUAUCACAAGCAGACGAGGCCCCUGGUCGAUUACUACGGCCUGCGAGGACUGCACUUCAAGGUUGACGCCGCCAAGAAGUCCAGCGACGUCUUCUCCACCAUCGAAACUAUAUUCCAACGCAAACGUCCUGCUCAGAUUCAAUUAUGAUUUGUUCCUGCGCAAUGAUCGAGUACUACUAACUGCCUCCUGACAAUUUACUUUUGAGACACACACACACAACUUUUAAGCCUAAAGUUAAAGUUGCAUCUAGGCAUCCUAAAUAGACAAAAUUACCAUUACUCAAGAAGGUGUACAGGUCGACUACUUUCCUUGUACAGAUUUCUAAAAUGUAUAAGUGUUUGUUACUUUUUACAUUUCACUAUUUGUAACUACAAUAAAACUUAACAAAAAACAA